ACAAAUUCCUCGCUGAAUAUCGGCGCUGAAUCCUAGUUUUUAAUGGCUUUCAAGUCUUUUCAAUUGAUCUACAAAUCCGUUUCAAAUCGGCAUUACUUGAACUUGCUGGGCUUGAUUCCGGCCCCUGAUUCCGGAUUCAGUUCAGUUCACCCAGGUGAGUGACGGCAUCGCACACCUGUCACUUAUUAGGAGUGUCACUUCCAGCCAAGCCUUGACUGUAGUAAACACAGCAUGCUUUCCUUUGCUGGGAGGAAGAAGAAAAUGAACUCUUUACAGUUUUCGUUCAUCUUUUUCAUCCUGGUGCCUCACACCAUAUCAUUUGGACGCUGCGACGAUAUUUCCUUCUCUAUAUGUUGGAUGAGCAAGGACAAAGCUCUGGAAAGGAAAAAUGGAAACAUAUGGCUCAAUGACACGGCACUAAAAUCCAUCAGGAAGGUGGGUAAAGUGACCUCGCUGACUGUGUACCCAGUUGUAGAAAACAAGCUAACACUUCAGUAUGGGGGCUCCGUUCAGGCGUGGACUUUAACAAUCACUCCACGUACAAAGUUCACUAAAAUCCGAGGCCAGAAGAAACCUCUGGGGCAUCCGACAAAUGCCACUAAGGGCCUCCUGGACUCGCUGAGUAACACUGAGGUGUUUGCAUGUGAAAACGGCACGUUAUUCUUCCACCAGGAUCAGAACUUCUUUCUUGCUUUUGGCCACACCAUGCGUCCCCGUAUCAAGCUCGAGUCCAGGAGUCCCUCUAUGCUGCUGGUCUCCUGGGUGGAGAAGAGUCCAGCUAUCAGCGACAGCCACACAGUCACCCUGUACCACACUGAACUGCACUCCUAUAACACACUCAGCAUGGACUCCACCGUCCUUAACCACUACCGCUUCACAGCUCUGGACUCCUGCAGCCCCUAUGUCGCCUGUGUGGAGAUUGCAGGCACUCACUCCUUCACCUGCCUCUCUGCUCUCACUGACCCAGACGUUCCCAAGGACUUUGAGGUGACGUCAUGGAACAGCAGCAGCGUCUCGUUGGUCUGGGAUUGCCCUGAGAACCGCAAGUUCUCUCUCUUCCUCCUGACCACCUUCUACCUCAACGGCACAGACCACAUCACGGAGGAGGUGCCCCUCUGGUACAAGGAGGACGGCUUUGAGUUCACCCUGUCUGACCUGCAGCCCUGCAGCAGGGUGAAGUUUGGCCUGCAGACUGUCUGCCAGGCCGGGACAGAGCCUCGCUACAGCAAGAUGGUCCUGAAUGAUGGAAACUCAGUCCACUCCAGGAUCUCGGCCUUGCGUCAGACAUCGUUUGGCCCCGACAACUACACCCUGAGGUGGGAGGUGAGGAACACCUCGUCCAUUUCCAUGUUCAGAGUUUACCAUGAUGGGGCGCUGCAGGGCACCACGCUCGUGACCGACUACACUGUCGGGGGGCUGCAGUCCUGCCAACAGUACCAGGCCAAGGUGGAGGCACUUUGUGGAGACGGCGUGGUCAUGAGUGCCGAGACAGUCGCAGCAAACACAGGACCUCACGGUGUGUCCGAGCUCAGCUACCGCUCGAACGACUCCACCGCCCUGUGGACCCCCCGCAGCAUGCAGCAGUCAGCCGUGGCCUUCCUGUACGAGCUGUCCCUGGAGAACGGCACCACCGUCCAGAGCAGCCAUGUCACAGACCCCGCGCUGCGUCUCCUGGGGCUGGAGGAAGGGAAGACCUACAUCCUGGACGUGUGGGCGGAAUGUGACGGACCGUGGGAGUCUGAACAUUCUCAUCUGUGGUUUGAGGGAGCUAAUUCGUCUUCAGGGCUCCAUGUGAGGGCUGCAGGAGCUCAGGACUUAGAGCUGCAGUUAGAUCUUUCCAGCAUGGGUCUCACUAUGGUCGUGCCCUGGUCACUGCCUGAGGAUCUGCUGGAUGACGUGUCUGAACCAAGAGCCAGAAUGGGGAAGAUUUUCAAAGAUAAGCUGCAGGAGCUGCUGAAAGAUUUUGAUAAGCCGGCCCGCGUCGAGCUGGCGGCCUUUGAGCCUGCAGACGAGCCGGACAAAACAGAGAUUCUCUUUAUGUCUUUUGAUGCUUCCAAAACUGAAGAGGACGUGCCCCUGACUGCUGAAGAUCUGCUGGAUUACAUCGGCUCCCUGAAUGCAACCAACGUCACAGUUACAGAUGGGGUCAUUCUCUGGGACGGUCACGACCUGUGUGCUUCCUCCAAGCUCACUCUGUGUCCCCGCAAUUCUCUGUGCAUCAACACACUGGGCUCCUUUAUGUGUGUGUGCCGACACGGCUACUAUGACGUGAGUCCUGUCAUCCAGCCUGCAGGGGCUUCACAUCCAGUCUGCAACGAGAAAGGCCUUUACAGCCAGUGUCUGGACAGACAGAUGACUGGUGGAAUAGCUAAACCCUACCUGAGCUCUUACAUCGGUGGGAAGGUUGACGUGAAGCUGAAUGAUGGGCGGUGCUCUGUGGAUGAGAGUGAGAUGUUCUAUUCCUUUCGCACGACACGAAAAUCAUCUGAAUGUGGAACAGAGAGGCGGGUAAACAAAACCCACAUCGAAUUCCAAAACACUUUGAUUGUGACCUUGACCAAAGAGCAUACCAUCAGCCGGCGGGAUCUAAAGGUCAUCUGGAAGUGCGUCUACCCUCGGCACUAUGUUCGCAACGCUCAAGUUAGCAUGGACAUGGAGUGGCUCUCCUCCCUCUCCCUGGUGGAGUUCAACUCAUCCCUGCAGCUGGUCCUGAGCAUGGGCCUGUACAGUGACCCGUCGUACACCUACAGCCACAGGGAUGCCAUAACCCUAAGUCUUGAGGACACGCUGUUCCUCCAGGUGGACCUGCAGACUGACAACUCUUUUGCUUCAGACGUGCUGCUGCAGGUGGAGUCAUGCUGGGCCACUGAGAGCACCGACCCACAGGACACUGUCCAGGGUGUUCUUCUGCAGGAUGGCUGUCCUGUUGACAAUACGUUCCACUGGCUGUCUGUUAACGGCUGGGCACAGAGGAGCAGGUUUUCCAUUCAGAUGUUCACCAUGCCCAAAGGGAUGCCUCUCUAUAUUCACUGCCUGGCCAACAUAUGUGGGCAUGAUCAAGACUGUACCAAGAAUUGCAGCAGCCAGCAGCGCUCCAAGAGGUCAGUGAACCCUGUGGACAGAGAGGGGAAACGUGCUGCUGUAGUGUCUGCUGGACCCCUGGUGGUCAACACGAGAGGGAAGUCAGGAGUCCAACCGUCUUACUGGGCAGAGCACAUGACAAUGAUCUGCAUUGUGGCCGGAUCAAUAGGCUUCUUGGGAGUGACUGUACUCUCAGUGAGUGCAACCAAAGCAAUCAUGACUUACUAUGAACGGCUGCAAUAAAAUGCUUCAAACAUCA